CCACGCGCUUCAUUCUGCAGAGCGCGCUGUCACACUCGACUCUCUCGAGCAUCUUAUUCAAACGGCAUGCAGUGAGCUGAAUGGGAGAACAGCUUCUGAAGUCUGUGCGAUAUUACAGCCAACUGACUGACAGAGGGAGUGAACAAAAUAGUUAGACAUCAGAGUCAUCAUGCAAUUCCUUAUACAAAGAUCCGCGCGUUUCAGAUCUGGCAUCACUGACUUUGUCGUAAUGCGCUGCUGUGAAUUUGUCCAAGAGAGCAGCUGAAGUGCUUUUCUCCGCUCUUGUUUUUUUUUUUACGAGUUUAAAAUGGUUUCGCUUGGCAUGUUCCAAUGAGAAUAUCUUUUUCUUUAGAAACUGUACUAAUGCCGUAGAUAACAGUGCAAGUCUUGGAAGCCGGACAAAUGGCUUUGGUUGUCAUAGGAACUCUGUUACUGAUGCUCUCUAACAUCUACAGCUCUUCAGGGUCCCGUCCACGUUUGGAGGAUGCUUCUCCCAGGAUAGUGGAGAAUCCCUCAGAUCUGAUCGUGUCAAAGGGUGAGCCAGCCACCCUGAACUGCAAGGCAGAGGGUCGGCCCAUGCCCACGGUGGAGUGGUAUAAAGACGGCGAGCACGUUGAAACUGAUAAGGACGACCCUCGCUCCCACCGCAUGCUGUUGCCAAGUGGCUCCCUUUUUUUCUUGCGCAUCGUUCACGGACGCCGCAGCAAACCCGACGAGGGUGUUUACACUUGCGUCGCCCGCAAUUACCUAGGAGAGGCUGUUAGCCGAAAUGCCUCGCUUGAAGUAGCCAUUCUCAGGGAUGAUUUUCGCCAGCCUCCCAAUGACGUGGUGGUGGCAGCCGGAGAGCCUGCUGUACUGGAGUGCGUCCCUCCCAGGGGUCACCCCGAGCCCACUGUUUUCUGGAAAAGGAACAAUGUUCGUGUCAAUGACAAGGACGGCAGGAUCUCUAUGCGUGGUGGUAAGCUGAUGAUUUCUCACACCCGGAAAAGUGACGCAGGCAUGUAUGUGUGUGUGGGCACCAAUAUGGUGGGCGAGAGAGACAGUGAUCCAGCCGAACUCGUUGUUUUUGAGAGGCCAGUGUUUAUCCGCAGACCUGUGAAUCAGAUCGUUUUGGCUGAGGAGAAUGUUGACUUCUUGUGCGAGGUCCAUGGAGACCCGGCUCCGACCGUCCGCUGGAAAAGAGACGAGGGAGAACUACCACGGGGGAGAUUUGAGAUCCGUGGUGACAACAGCCUUCAUCUGAUGAGGGUCAGAGCGGAGGACGAGGGCACUUACACGUGUGUCACCGAAAACAGCGUAGGCAAAACCGAAGCCUCCGCCGUGCUGCAGGUCCAUGUGGCUCCCCAGAUUAAUGUACGUCCCCUGGAUCAAGUCGCUGUUCAAGGACAGACUGUUCGUUUUCAGUGUGGCACCCAGGGAAACCCCCUUCCGGCUGUUUUCUGGCAGAAAGAAGGCAGUCAGAUGCUGCUUUUCCCCGGCCAACCUCCUUCCAAGUCGGGCCGUUAUUCUGUGUCCAUGAGCGGAGAGCUGUCCAUCUCUGAUGUUCACUCUGAGGACUCAGGCCACUAUAUCUGCCAGGCCAUCAGCGUGGCAGGAAGUGUCCUCGCCAAGGCUCUGCUGGAAGUGGAAGCUGGCCCAUCAGAUCUCGUCCCUCCAAUUAUCCGACAGGGUCCAGCCAACCAGACGCUCGCUUUAGGCUCCAGCGCCCUACUUCAGUGCCAUGUGAUGGGCAGCCCAAUCCCCAGCGUCAGGUGGGAGAAGGACGGCCAAAGCGUUCUGAGCGAUGACAUUCACAUUAGCCUAAUGGAAAACGGCACUUUACACAUCAGCGGUGUGAAGGAGACCGACUCAGGAACGUACACCUGUGUCGCAUCCAGUUCCACUGGUGAGACGAGUUGGAGUGGGACCGUGACAGUGAAAGCGACUGGAACGUCCUCUGUCCCGCGGGUCUCGCAGUCCCUGCAGCUGCCUGGUCCUCCGCAGAAACCUGUGGUAACAGAUGUGACCUCAAAUAGCGUCACUCUCACUUGGCAGCCCAACCCACAUGAGGGAGGAGCUGCUGUCACUUCCUACAUCAUCGAGGCUUUCAGUCAGUCAGUGGGCAGCACAUGGCAAACUGUAGCUGACCUUGUGAGGCAGGAGAAGCACACAGUGUCUGGGCUUUACCCCAAUACUGUGUACCUGUUCAUCAUCAGAGCGGUCAACUCCUACGGCCUGAGUGACCCGAGCCCCAUCUCAGAGCCCGUCCGAACACAAGAUGGCCCAGAUGGUCAGGGAAAAGACCAGGCACAUGUACAGAUUGAUUUAGGAGGGGUGAAGGUUCAUCUACAGACAUUGGAAGUCUUGAGCCCUUCCAGUGUUCAGAUCACAUGGACUCUUGACCGGCACCCUCGCUACAUUCAAGGCUAUAGGCUGUAUUACAGGCCUGUGGGGAGCGCAUGGAUGAUACAGGACAUAAAAGCAGGUUCCCCACACACUGCUGUCCUAACACAGCUGCACAGAGGAAAAGAAUACGAGCUCAAAAUGAGACCGUAUUACAAAGAGUUCCAGGGGAUUGACAGUGAAAUCGCAGUGGUUCGCACUCCUGAUGAAGUGCUCAUCGGCCCUCCUCAGGGAGUCAGUGUGGUGCAGUUAAGUAACAGUUCGACCGUGCGAGUGUCCUGGCUGCCUCCUCCCCCUGGUGUGCCGGAAGAACUCAUACUAGAGUACAGGGUGUGGUGUGUAGGAAACGAGUCUCAGCAGGUGGUCAACAGGAGCGUGGAUGGGGAUAUGCUGUGGGUGCUGUUGGACGGGCUGUUGCCUGAGUCAAUGUAUCGUAUACAGGUUGCAGCGGUGACAACUGCAGGAGAGGGCAUUCAUAGCCAACCUGUGUUCAUCUUCCUGAAAGUAGCAAUAGAUCAGUCCUUGUCAGUGGUGAAGGAUGAUAGUGUCAGCCUAUCCGAGCAGAUCACAGAGGUGGUCCGUCAGCCAGCCUUCAUCGCCGGGAUUGGUGUAUCGUCCUGGAUGGUUCUAAUGGCCUUUAGCGCCUGGAUCUACUGCAAACACAGAAGGAGCAAAGAGCUUGGACACUAUACUACUUCCUUUGCAUACACACCUGCAGUUGCACUCUCUCAUGGCGAUGGGUCAGAUCUUAUAAAUGGAAGGCCAUGUCUGCUGGAGUCUCACUUGGGUAGUUACCCUUGGCUGGCUGACUCGUGGCCCGCCAGCAACUUCUCUCGAAAUGGAAAAGAUUCAGUCAACUGCUGUGCAGGCAGACUUGAAUCCACAGAUCAAUACUAUAACACUUCAGGAUUAUCAAAUUAUCUGAAUCAGAAUGGGAAGUACAGCCCAGCAUCUAAUGAAGGCGACAUAUAUUGUACCAUCAACCCGAACGUUGCAGAUGGGCAUGACCUGUGCAGCCUGUACUCUCAAGGUCCAGACCCAUACACCAGCACACCUGUUCUCUCCAAAACUGACCUCUAUAGCAUGGAGCAGGACCUGGACCAGUGGAGCCUUCAGUCCAGCCACAGUGGAGCAGAAUAUGCAAAACUUCAGUACCCAAGAGGCGGAAAUGCCAAACUGACAAAGUCUCUGGGACAAACCUCCUCACCCCAAUGGUCUGAUGUGUUGUCCCAACAUGCAGCACAAAACAAGGAGGUUCAAAACACAGAAAAAACACACAGCCCUGAGAAGGAUGAAGAGUGGUGUCCUCCUCUGCCUGAGCGAACUUAUCUGAUCGAGGGUCUGGACGCAGCCACUUUGCCUUUGAGAGGAGAGGAAACCACCAGGGCCACAACCUACAGUCUGCAGUCCACAGCAACUCUCACACCCUCCCCCAGCGAGGAGCAAUCCCCGGCUAACCCACGCCUGCAGCAUCCAGACCUGCUGCCACGGAAAGCCCAGUGUACAUCCAGUGCACAGUUUGCUCUCUCCAACCCAAAGCCAUUAACCAAGACAGAGUCUCUUAUUGGCAGUGUUCCCCACCACAGCGGCCCUUGGAGAGACAUUGCAGAAAUGGAGGAACUAUUCUCCAACAACACAGGUGAAUAUACGUCAUUUACAUCAUCAAUUCAGAAGCCAAGGCCUAAGAAGAAAUCUCAGAGGGAUGGCCUUGUGAGACGAGAAGUGUUGAAACCAGGCAACCUGCCGCCUCCACCUGAGCCACCUCCUCUAACAGAGGACCCUCUCAAGCACCUGACAGACAUAGUGGAUAAUGGCGGGAGCAGGACGACCUCGCAGCACAGAGAGAGAAGAUCAGACCGCAGAACAGCUGCACAGUGGAGCACGGAAGAUGAAGAUUUAAUCCAGUAUUUCAAAGCAAACCUGUUGCCUAGCGGUCAGAUGUCCAGCCACUGUUCCCUCGUGAGAAGCUCUGCCUCUCCAUCCUCCGCAACCUUGCGUUCCUUGGGGGCAGGAAGGAGGAGAAAUGAGAACAUGAUAUGAGGAGAGGAAGUCAUCUUUGCGUCCUGUUGUUCACCGCUCUACAUGCAGUGUAUAUGCCUCCACGCUCUGGUCCCUCAUCCAUCUGGUUUUUGUCUAGGUAUUUUUUUAGAAAACGUUUUUUUAAAUGAUCCAUUGUUGUCCUACCUCUGUAUGUAUAUAUUUUUAAUGUUUGUUUGUGUCGGGGAAAAGCAUUCCGGAUGGUGUGCUAUUUUAUUUAUUAUUAUUUAUUGUAUUUAUUAGUUCAAAGAGAAAAUUAAAUGUUUAAAAAAAACUGUUUUAGAUGAAAACUAAAACACAAAUCUAAAUUUUAGAUGAACAUGAUGUUUGAAUGUAUCUGGUUCAUACAUGUAUGCCUCAAUGUCUACAUGUGAUAAAAAGCUGUUUCAACAUUUUUGUGAAAAAUAUAGGAUAUGUGAACAAACCAUGCAAUUAUACAUUAGUAAGCCUGUAGAAUACCAGAUGUUUCUUGUUGUAAAGCCUCACUAGGACUGUCACCUUAUUAUCCUGUGUUCACUGAAGGGUUUUUCUUUUCUCCUGAAAAAUGAUUUGCACCAUGUCAGACUGUUUUCCACAAAUGCAUCAAUCAUAUGCAGAUUGCAUACAAAACAAUAAAAUUCAUGUUCUAAGACAUGUUUUACAGUAC